GUAUGCGAGACAGACGUCUGUGAAUUGUGGUCGGAAAAAAAAGUUUUCGAGUCGGAAAGAUAUUUUUUUUGCCUCAUUUAGUCAGUAGUCUAUGUGCUGUGACCAUUAAUAGUGUUGUUGAUAACGUUACCUGGCGGUCCACAGAGGUAGGAAAACAAGGAAGUAGCCUGGUCAGUGUCAGGGAAGAAUGGCGUUGCGCAUCGUUGGGAGUUGUUUGUCUCACUUUCACAGGAACAGUUUGAAGACUGUCUCUGUCCAAACACUUGGAGUUGUCAGAUUCAAAAGAACCUGUCCAGUUGAACUGAGCCAUCUGGAUCAUUUGGUUCUGACAGUGAAAAGUGUGCCAGACACUGUCAACUUUUAUACCAUGGUCCUUGGCAUGGAGGAAAUCACUUUCAAGGGAAAUCGCAAAGCCCUUGGUUUUGGACAACAGAAGUUUAACCUCCAUCAGUUGGGUCAGGAGUUUGAGCCCAAAGCCAAGCAUCCGAGCUCAGGCUCUGCAGACCUGUGCCUCAUCACCAAAACCUCCCUGGCUGCAGUAGCUGCUCACCUGAAGGAUUGUGGAGUCGAGAUAGAGGAGGGACCAGUGGAGAGGACUGGAGCUGUGGGCACCAUCACCUCUCUGUACUUCAGAGAUCCAGACGACAAUCUCAUUGAAGUGUCUAACUAUAACCAAUCAACAGCAGAGGGAUCUUCUUGAGACGUCUUUGGCCUUGUUUGUGAGUGAACAUAAAAUGCACCCAGCUUUGUCUGUUGACCCACAGUCCACAAUUAGAGCUACAGCUAUGAAGUUUUGAGACCAAAAUGUAAUUCAAGCAUGUUAUUUUUUACGACUUAAGUGAAUAACAUUAGUUUGCUGUGCUGAGACACUGUUCCCAUGUAGCUCUGCUGACCAGUGGUUGCAGUUUUAAUUAUGUGUGGAAAAUAUUCUUAAUUCCGAAUCAAAAGCAAACAGUAGAACACCUGUAUAUGUUAAACUACGUAUAUGAUCAAGUAGCUACUACUGUAGAUUUCUUAAAACUUUGUGAAGUGAAACUGAACCUUUGUUAAAAAAAUAGUUGCUUUUUCAGCUGAAAAUACAAGAUUGUUUAGUGUGCCACCAUGGGUCCUUAAGGCACUGUCAUUUCUGCUUUUUGACACAGUGGAGUGGAGUUAAGAUCACAUUAUGCAUACUCGCCACCAGCAGAUGGAGAUGUAAAAUACAAUGCUUUGCAAUGUAUGUAAUAUUCCUUCAUUGUACAAAAUAAGAAAUACACUUGAACUUGG